AGCGAGAGAGGAGGCAUGUGUUCCCUUACUUCUCCCUUUUUAAACCCACCACCCACGUUCGCCGUCUCCAUCCUCACUCCCUUUCUCUCCGCUACAGACUUCACACACCCGAAUCGUAACCCAGGGUUUGUAGAUUAGAUACAAUUUCCAGUGGCAAAUGGCAGAUGGGAGUGGAAGAAGGACCGGCCGUGACAUCCUUCGGACAGGAGGAGGAUUAUUGAAUCUGCCAUUAGACAUCAUAGCUGAUAUCCUGUCUUUGCUUCCUAUAGAGGAUAUCCUUCGAUGCAGGAGUGUAUGCAAGACCUGGUAUGGCUUGACGAAGGAUUCUUAUUUUUUCAAGUUGCAAUUUAGAAGAACAUUUUAUCACAUGCCCCGACUCAUGUUUAUAUCAAAGUCAGAAAAUAGCGUGUUUUUAUUAGACGGUAAGCAAUGUAAGGCGAGAGAGAUUGCUCUACCAACUGUGCUCGGACGCAAUCUCAUUGUCAUGAGUUCUUGCAAUGGCUUGCUUUGCUUGGCUUCAGAAGAAUCGCCUAAUCCAGUGAUCAUUUCUAACCCAAUAACAGGAAAGUAUAUUGUUUUGCCAGAAUCAGUGAAUGCUUCUUACUCCUUCAUUCAACUAGUUGGAUUGGGCUAUGAUCCUUGGAACAUGAAGUACAAAGUGGUAAGAUCCUACAUAGACAAUUCGAAGUUCACCAGAUUUGAAAUUAUUACACUGGGGGAAGCUUCAUGGAGGCAACUCGAUGUGCCAUGCAAAGUAGUUUGUGGGCGCAAUUCGAGGCCAAUAUAUUGUGAAGGUGCACUCUAUUGGAUCCUUGAUAAGAAGUUUCACUAUGAUGGCGACGGAUGCAUCCUUGCUUUUGAUUUAAGAGAGGAGAAGUUUGGAAUGAUAGCAUUGCCUCCCAACAUCAGAAUGCCAACGGGUAAUCCUGGUCUGUACAAUGGUAGUUUGCACUUGUUGAAUGUAGCAGGUUGCUUGACUGUCAUUGCCCAUGAAUGCCAGUUUCUGCAUAUAUGGCAAGUGAUGCGAAACAGGGAUAGAGGCUUUUCCUUUCGCUACCAUACAAGUGACAUGCAUUGUCGCUGGAGUGUUUUCUCACAGCCAGUGUUGCUUGAUUGGUGUAAAGACAGUCUCUUGCUGUCAGUGAGCAAGUUUGGGGUAUACUCGGAGCGUGACCUUGUAGAGUAUUUCCCCGAAAGGAAACAGUAUGCUGGUCACCACAUCCGUGGACUUCCAAAAUGGUUUAGAAGUUGUAGUUUCAAGCCCAACCUUAUUUCUCCUCUCGACUGCUGCCUCUCCUGAUAGUGUAAUCUGGUGCUAAUAGCACUAGACUGUGCUGUUUUUUUAAUGUUAUUUUUUGAAUGAAAUGUUGCACAUGCCAAUAUAUAUACAUGUUUUCCUGGUUAAA